UGGCAUGGAAGUAUAUUUGUUUGAAAAUAUUAACGGAUAAUCUCAAUCUUUAAACCUAAAUGUCGCGUUGUUUAUCUCGGCAGCACCCCUUAAUUUCCUAAUUUCAAAGAUGUGAUGGACUUUGUGACUUCACACUCGGAUGAGCUCAUAGUUUAGCCGUCAACAAUAUAUCGGGUAACCUUCAAUGACCUUACCUUAAAGAAAGCCGAUAUUGUGCUACUUUGCACGAGAUUGAGCACUGCUGUCAUGCAGAUAAAAUAACCACGCUUCAUUGAAUUCUCGAUAGUAGCUAAACAUGGCGUCUUCACCCUUGACUGCAAUUUACAAUUCUCUUAACAUCGGUAACGUCCUAUUACUUCUUCUUCUGCUUUUAAUGUUACAUUACCUUAUAGUGUUCUAUGAAUUCCGAAAAAUGCCUCCAGGUCCUCGCUAUACGACUCUCCCAGUGUUCGGAAACUUGUUGUCGCUUGACCCCUCAGCCGAGACUUUGUCUGACGUCUUUAAAGGCCUCACUAAAACCUUUGGCCCGAUAUUCUCUUUAAAAAUGGGUAGUUACAAGUUCGUGAUGGCGUCGUCUCGAGAAGCUGUCCAUGAAAUGUUAAUAAAAAAUUCUGCUCAUUACGCAGGAAGACCGCAAACCUAUGCCUUCUAUACUCAAACCUUAGGUGGUAAAGAUAUCAUCAUGGGUAACUUUGGCCCACAAUGGAAGAAGCAACGGAAGCUCUUCACUGCAGCUUUGCGACAGUAUCUUCUUGAUGUCCCGCUCAUAGAAAGGCGAGUCGCGACACAAGCUAAGAAACUUAUACAAUUCAUGGAGGAGCAAAAUGAAAAGCCUUUUAAUCCCUCGGAUUGCUUGAUGCGAAGCGUGGCUAAUGUUAUUUGCGGUAUAACAUUCGGUGAGGGGGAAGACACGACCAAUCCAGAAUUGGACCAACUUUUGAAAUUGAACGCCGAUGUCAUAGCUAACGAUGACGAUCUCAGAUUAGCUACAGUCUUAGAGUUCUUCUCAUGGGCACGUUAUUUACCACUUAAGGUAUAUGACCGUGUUCUGCAGCCGUUCUUUGAGAUUCAUGAUAUCCUCCGUAAGAUCUUUAGAUUGCGCGCGAAAAAAUAUGAUCCAGCAGAACCUGUGGAGAAUUUGAUUUCUGGUCUUCUCCGUGCCAAGUACGAAGCGGAAAAUAAGCCAGACGACGAGAUGGGAGACGUUCAGCUGUCCGAAGACCAUUUUGUAAUCACUAUCGAAGACAUGUUUGUUGGCGGGUAUGAGACCACAAGUACCACACUAAAAUGGGUUAUUGCCUUCUUGGUCAGGUAUCCGCAGCACCAAAAGGACAUUCAGCGCCAGCUGGAUGAGGUAAUUGGUGCGGAAAGAAACCCUUCCUUGAAUGAUCGCUCCAGUCUACCACUCGUGCUGGCCACAAUCAUGGAAACCCUAAGAGUUGGAAACUUACUACCCAUAGCACUGCCUCAUGUUGCUCUUACCGACACGACAUUGUGUGGCUACCGUGUACCGAGAGACACCAUCGUCUUUGCCAACACAGAAGCCAUUCAUCUAGAUCCAAAAUUUUGGGAAGACCCCACCCUGUUCAAUCCAUACCGUCACCUAGACAAAGACGGCAACCUGAUCACCAAUCAAGGCAACUUCUAUCCUUUUGGAGCUGGCCGGCGUGCAUGCCCUGGUGAAGCCCUGGCAAAAGUUGAGCUGUUCAUAUUCAUCUCGUGGAUGCUCCAAAAGUUUACUUUUGUAGCUGAUGAGGGGCAUCCAGUAAACACGAAGGGGGCUUUUGUUCAAUUUCCUUCUCCUUACAAGAUACGUGCCGUCAAGCGACAAUGAGGUAUCCCGAGUACCAUUUACCCAGCUUGUCGGUUGUGUCCUACCCACUAAGACUAUGGAUCUUCAUAGAAUGAAGACUUAAUUGCCAAAGAGGCCACAGUUUUUGCUUAAAUUAAAAGCGCACUUGGAAACUAUAUCAUUUGAGAAAAUUCAAUUACCUUUCAGUUGACUGUGGUACGUACAACCGAAUGAAAUACGACCAGGAAAUUCAAUUAAAAACCGAAGUGAAGUAAAAUUAUUGCAGUCUCGUUUGACUUUCGACACUUAUUUUAAAAUGUGCUCCACCUCGCUGAAUUUAUCUCCAAAAUUUCAAUCUUAAUUUUGAUGCUUUGAAGCUUAGUAUUCUUUCUGCUAACCCGUUUGCAUACUACACGACUAGCCAUCACCCAAUUCCAUUUUUUUGGUGAGGCCUUUGUCAAUUUUGACCUUGAAGUGCGGUUAUGUGUAACUGGACCUCUUUUUGAUAUGAAAGUUUAUUUAGAUAUAUUUUAGAAUUCAUGACAGCUAUUGCCUCUGAACUAUUUUAAUAAAUUCCUCUUAUUUUUGCACUGUAUAGAAUGUGAGGGCAUUACAUAAUAGUCUUAAGUUUUAUGCACAAUAUCAGCAAUAAAGGUAUGCCAUGUUGUGUCACGUGGGA